UUCCCAUGCAUAAAACACCCAAGGAGAUGGAAUCAGAUGCUGCCUGCAUUGAUCUGAUGAUGUCGUCUGCUGCUGAAAAUGGAGAUGCAGCAUCUGGAAAACAGAACGAAGAAAAAACUUACAAAAAGACUGCAUCAUCUGCUAUCAAAGGUGCUAUUCAGCUGGGGAUAGGAUACACCGUGGGUAAUCUCACUUCCAAGCCGGAUAGAGAUGUUCUCAUGCAAGACUUUUACGUGGUGGAAAGUGUGUUCCUACCCAGUGAAGGGAGCAAUCUGACCCCAGCACAUCAUUACCCAGACUUCAGAUUUAAGACCUAUGCUCCACUGGCAUUCCGAUAUUUCAGAGAACUUUUUGGUAUCAAGCCUGAUGAUUACUUGUAUUCCAUCUGUAGUGAACCUCUAAUAGAGCUGUCCAACCCCGGAGCCAGUGGAUCCUUGUUUUUUGUGACCAGCGAUGAUGAAUUUAUCAUCAAAACUGUUCAGCAUAAAGAAGCUGAGUUCCUUCAGAAGCUACUGCCAGGCUAUUACAUGAAUUUGAACCAGAAUCCAAGGACUCUUUUGCCAAAAUUUUACGGACUGUACUGCAUGCAAUCGGGGGGCAUUAACAUCAGGAUCGUGGUAAUGAACAACGUCUUACCGCGCUCCAUGAGAAUGCACUUCACGUAUGACCUGAAAGGCUCCACGUACAAGCGAAGAGCUUCCCGAAAAGAGAGGGAGAAAUCCAACCCCACCUUCAAGGACUUGGAUUUCCUGCAGGACAUGCACGAAGGGUUAUAUUUUGACACAGAAACUUACAACGCGCUCAUGAAAACACUUCAGAGAGACUGCCGGGUGCUGGAAAGCUUCAAAAUCAUGGACUAUAGCCUUUUGCUGGGAAUCCACAUCUUGGACCAUUCCCUCAAAGAGAAAGAAGAGGAGAACUCACAAAACGUGCCUGAUGCUAAACGGUCGGGGAUGCAGAAGGUCCUCUAUUCGACAGCAAUGGAAUCCAUCCAGGGUCCAGGGAAACCAGGAGACGGGAUCAUCACAGAGAACCCGGACACAAUGGGAGGCAUUCCAGCUAAAAGCCAUAAGGGAGAAAGACUACUUUUGUUUAUGGGCAUUAUUGACAUUCUGCAAUCAUAUAGGUUAAUGAAGAAGUUAGAACAUUCCUGGAAAGCGCUUGUUUAUGAUGGGGAUACUGUUUCAGUUCAUCGACCAAGCUUUUAUGCUGACAGAUUUCUAAAGUUUAUGAAUUCCAGAGUUUUCAAGAAAAUUCAAGCUUUGAAGGCGUCACCUUCUAAAAAACGGUGCAACUCCAUUGCUGCCCUGAAGGCAACCUCCCAAGAGAUCGUGUCCUCAAUUAGCCAGGAAUGGAAGGAUGAGAAGCGGGAUCUGCUGACGGAGGGGCAGAGUUUCAGCAGCCUUGACGAGGAAGCUGUGGGCCACAUCCGGCCCCUCGAGACCGUGCACAUACCUUGCCAGGCGGCCCCCUCCCAUCUUCAAACAGAGAAUUUUGUACAAGUGAAUCGUUCUCUCACUUCCAAUCCCUGA